AUGGAGCCUGCCCCUGGGCGGCCUGGGUUAGAGUCCAGAGCCCCACUUUCCGGGUGCUCCCGGAACUCUUCUCUUACACCUAGACCCGGAAAGCAGCCGUCUCUUCCGCCCCCGAGCCUCGGAUCCGGUGAGAUCCCCGAGGAGGAGCCCGGAGUGGGCGGGUGCACCCGGCUGGGAGGGACCCGGAAGACACCGAGCCUGUCAGCCUAUGAAACACCCGGGGCCUGUGGAACUCCACCCGGAGCCGGGGUCGGCCGGGGCCCCGGUGGACCAACCCCUACGAGCCCUCGGCCCUUGGGCCGACCCGUCUCUGUUCCCCAAGGGACGAAGCAGAAGCCGGGAGGCAGCGUCCCCCGGGGCGCCCCGAGAAACCGCGGGAUGAACCCGGAGGAAGAGGAGGAGGAGGAGGAGGAGCGCGAGCCGGAGAAAGGGGGCCGCCCGUUCGCCGGACGCCUUCAGGACAGCCGCAGCCUGGACGGGCUGAGCGGAGCGUGCGGGGGCGGCGCGGCUCCGCUCGGCGGCCCGGAGCAGGGGGCUGGCGGGGGCCGCCGGGCCACCAUCUCCAGCGCUCUCGAGCUGGAGGGCACGGUCAGCCGGCACGGAGACCUCACCCACUUCGUGGCUAACAACCUGCAGCUCAAGAUCCGCCUGAGCGGGAAUCCGCAGCCGCAGCCGCCGCCCUCGGCCCGGCCAGCCCCGGUUCCCGCGCCGUCCAUCCCGCCGAUAGAUCCGGAGGUGCUGCGGGACCUGGAGCGGCUGAGCCGGGAGCUAGGUGCCCGCGUGGAACGGCUGCUUCGCGGGCUCGGCGGCGCAGUGCAAGAGCUGACGGCGCUGAGCGUGGGUUGCAUCCAGACCUAUCGAGAUGCUGUGGACUCUCUGGGAGAGGCUGUGGACAUGAGCAUCAAGGGCAUGUACACGCUGCUGGCCCGAUGCGAGGAGCUGGAGCGAGCCCUGCAGCCAGUCCAGGGACUGGCCCGACAAGUCCGGGACAUCCGCCGCACCCUGGAAGUGCUGGAGGCUCUCUGCAAAUGAGAGACUGGAGAGGGUUGGGAGCACCUCCACGCUCAAGGAAGGGGUGGUUUGGUGUGUGUGAUAGUGGGAUGAGACCACCAGGGUCUUAUCUACAGUCUCUUAUACCGCCCUCCCUCCCCCAACCUCAAACCCUUUUAGGCAGAAGAUGACAGUUGCCGAGGAAAAGAAGAGAAAUGGUCUUUUUCACAUGUGUCCAGUGAGCCUCUUCCCAUUCUAUGAGAUUUCUAAGAGCCUCUUAUAAUAUGUGCUGGGAAGCUUUCUUGUAUGUUACGGAGGCAGUGUCUUAUGUACGAGACCUAGGUCCUUUUAAGAGUGGUAGGUCAGUCCUGCCUUGCCCUGCCCUGCCCUGUCCUGUCCUUAAGUGCUGCUCCUACUGAAUCCCUAGCUGAGGCAUCAUCCACCCAAGAGUGCUCUGGGACCAGGUGUGAAGGUGAAAAGAUGUGGCCAUGAGAGGGGGGACAAAAAAGGAACUUCAACUCCAGCUGUGACCACUGUAUUGUGACAGCUACUGCAGGGGCUGUCUGACAGCUGGUGAACCUAGUGUCUUCAGAUGAACUUGUAUUAAUGGCAAAAAAUGCCCCAGUCUUUCCACUGUCUCCCAAAACUUUGUUUUUAACCAUAUAAGGUGUGCUUCCAACAAGGGUGAAGAGAGGAGCUUACUAUACCAAGUCCUGAAUAUUUGGGUUCCUGCAGGGAGUAAGAGCUAGGUUCAUUCCUUCUAGGAUUCAUAUAAGAAUUGUUGAUAGUUUUGAACCUGUCGUGGAGUUUUCUGAUCUUGGUCUAUGAACCAACAUUUUUUGAUUUUCUGAGUUGUGUGGAAUUAAAAUGCUGCUUCUAUUAACAAUGAAA